CCAGGACAGUUUAUAAAGUUAAACAACCUCCAUGCUGCCACCUUCGUAUCGGCUGAGAACCGACCAGAAAUGUCGGAGUUACCUAUGAUAGAGCUGGUCAUUCACCGCGGCACAGCGUACGGUAGAGGUGUCCAUGUUAUAAAAGAUGAUUUCGAUGGAAUCAAAACACUGAAAGAAAGACUUGAGAAGGUCACAGCAGAGGUCAGGAGAAGAGGAAAUUCUGAAACUUCAGAACAUUCCAAUUCUGCUGCCAGGAAAGUUACAGAAGUGGUGGAUAAUUCAGGGAACUGUAGGAGUCUUAAUGCCAACCAUGACAUAUCAACCAGUCAGCCAGCAAUAAACUUAUCUUCUGACAAUGCACAGGAAAUGACAAUGGAGGUAUCAUGUGACCGUAUAAACCAAUCACAACCCCACAAGAGUUUCACCCACCAAUCAAAUUCGCAGCAGUCACAGAAUUGGGCUAGAUGCAUGAUGCAGACAUCUACAGUUGUUCUGAAUCAUCCUCAUAUCCAGUGUACAAAUAUUAAGGAUGUACUGUCACACAGCGUGCCUUAUAAAUUCCGAAUUCUGGCAAGAGUGGUAGACUUCUUCCCAAGAUUUAACAGACCAGAGGACAUCUGUAAACUGUACUGCCCAGAGUGUAACUACUUGUGUGAUGUCCCUUUAGAAGAAAAUGGGAAAACUAGCUUGAAAAUUAGCAGAAGAGGAAGACAAUUAAAGCAUUACUUAUGUCCUGUAUGUAGUAAAGAUUCCCAGUUUGAGUUGGAGUAUAUCUUUAUGAUGAGAUUCUUGCUAAGAGAUAAAACAGGAGAGAUAGUGGUCAACCUAUGGAGAAAAGAUGCAGUGACUUUUUUCCAGGAUAUAACUCCAGUGGAAAUGUUGACAGAAUCCGCUUUGUGUACUGUGAUAGAAAACUGUCUAAAUGUUAUCUGUGAUCCUGACAAGAGUGACUGCCCUUGGUUUGAAUGUUGUGUAAAAUCCUACAAUAUCCAGAUGGGAGUUCGUUAUCAGAUCUUUGACACCUGUUUAGCAUGACAUUGUUAUCAAAGAUAAAUAUUAAAAUGGUGCUUCUUUUGUUAUUGUCAUAAAUAAUUAAAAUGUA